AUGGCAUCUUCUUCCCAUUACCAUUAUCAUUACAACAUAAAUGACGAUGCAGAUUUAGAAGUUCCGUUCGAGGAAUUUUUUACCAACAAUCCUAUUCCAGAACCAAAAGAGCGGAAAAAACGAAUUUUUAUCGAGAGAAACCGGGAAGAUGGCAACACCAUGCUUUGGAAUGAUUAUUUUAGCGAAACUCUUACAUACUUGCACAAUUUAUUCAGGCGACGUUUUCGAAUGAACAAGUCUUUGUUCUUGAGUAUUGUGCUUCGUCUCUCUACAGAAGAAGAGUAUUUUCGACCAACACAAGAUGCAGUCGGUAGGUCGAGUCUAUCUCCGCUCCAGAAAUGUACUGCAGCUAUUCGUCAAUUGGCGUAUGGUGGUGGAGCUGAUACAGUUGACGAAUAUGUACGACUUGGUGAAACAACAGCUGCUAAAUGUUUGCACCAUUUUACCGCCGCAAUAAUCCACUUGUUUGGCGAUCAAUACCUCAGACAACCCACACCGGAGGAUCUUCAAAGACUACUCCAAAUUGGUGAAGAACGUGGAUUUCCCGGAAUGGUUGGAAGCAUCGACUGUAUGCAUUGGAAGUGGAAGAAUUGCCCCAACACUUGGAAAGGAAUGUAUUCACGCGGAACCGGAAAACCAACAUUAGUGUUGGAGGCGGUUGCUUCAUAUGACCUCUGGAUAUGA